CCCUAGCUUUAUAUAAACUUUUGUUGACCUACCGUCGUCACUUCCUUCUCCUGAAGCCGGAAACCUUAAGGUUUUUAUCUGGAAAAAAAAACUCGCAUUCGCUUCAAUGGGUAAGGGAACGGGAAGUUUCGGAAAGAGAAGAAACAAGAGUCACACUCUCUGUGUCAGAUGUGGCCGUCGCAGUUUCCACAUCCAGAAGAGUCGUUGCUCUGCUUGUGCUUAUCCCGCAGCUCGCAAGAGGACUUACAACUGGAGUGUGAAGGCAAUCCGUAGAAAGACUACUGGAACUGGAAGGAUGAGGUAUCUCCGCAAUGUUCCUCGCAGGUUCAAGACUGGUUUCAGAGAAGGUACCGAAGCCAAGCCAAGGAACAAGGCAGCAGCUUCAUCAGCUUAAACUGGUUUUUGAGCAUCAAGGGAGAGAGAGUAAAAACUUAGAUUUUGGCUUGGCUCUGAGUUUGUUUGUUCACAAGAUUAUUAUUUUUAAGUACCUGAUUAUGACUUCCUCUUUGUGUGCUCUUUACUUUUAUAAAGUUUUGGACUUGGAUGAUAUUUCAAUUUGCAAGUCUUUUUUCUCUAUUUA